AUGGCCAGGCAACAACCAGGACUGGCCUGCGAGGAAUGUCGCAGACGCAAAGCACGAUGUGAUCGCGUGCGUCCACAAUGUGGUAUAUGCACAGAUUCAGGUCGACAAUGUGUGUAUGUAGACAAGAGGUCGCCUAGAGGACCCAAGAAGGGUCAGUUGAAAGAACUAAGAUCUCGUAUGGCGGUAAUUGAACAGCAGCUAGCUAGUCAGGGAUCCGGAAACGAAGAAACUUCUAAGGUACUCGAGUCUGUUGAAAUGAGCCCAGAACAAGACCAGCCAGGUGGUCUGCCUGGACACAAAGCCUAUACGGAAACGGACGAUGAUGCCACGCGACGAUCUAGCUAUGGCUCGACGAGCACCUCGACCGCGAAUAUGUCCAACUUAGAGGAUCGGAUUCUUGGGGAGAUGCCACCGGGCCAUCCACCUCGAGCGUGGUCGGAUAAUAAGAGCUUUGCAUCAGGUUCAACUACUCUGUACAGUCACCGACCCGCUUCUUCAAUGCCCACUUCCCCAGUCAAACAAUCUUUGAGCCGCAUGACUCUUAGGGAGGGCUUCGAGCGUUUGAACAGGGAUUUAUUAUACUUUGAGCGUGUCCACCCUAUUAUUCCCAUGAUUCACAAGGAUCACUAUUUUUCUUGGGCUCGGAAUGGAGAGACCUCUCCCACUCGUGCUUGUCUACGUUUAGCUGUCCGAGCUAUUGCUGCUGCCAUGUCAGCUGGAUUUGAUGAGAUUGCUGAUGUCCUCUAUGCACGAACUCGCAUCAUGCUUGAGACAUUAGACGUGCAAGAGCCUGCAGAAUUUCCAUGGGCAACAAGGCCCAGAAGCCCACAUAGCCGAAUAGAUCAUGAAUUAAUUCAGGCAUGGCUUCUGCUAGCUCACUGUGAGUUUUUACGCAAGUCGGAGCAAGAGGCUCUUCUCACAUCGGGGCGCGCUUUUACACUCCUGCAACUUUCUACCAUAUUCAAUGUCGAUAUGCAAAAUUCGCUGGACUCAAAUAAAAAUGAUUUUCGGGCCACGCGUUCCUUUGGGCCUUCGUCAAUGACUACCAAUGUUAUGUCCAAAAGAGCCUGGGUGGAAACUGAGGAAAUGCGGCGGACAAUUUGGACAGCAUUUGUUCUUGACCGACUAUCUAGCAUGCUCAAUCACCGACCCCCAAUACUACACGAAGAAAUUGUUGGUUACCUUUCCCUAGAAAUUAUAUUGAACAUAUCGGCUGAUGAGACGUUAUAG